AUGUCUGGGAAGGACCUUGCAUCUGUGAUUUUGAAAUGUUUAAACGAAGAGUUGGUUUUGAACAUUCAGGACUGUCGUGGGCAGGGGUAUGAUGGUGCAGAAGCUGUUGCUGAAUGCAUUAAUGGUCUUGCUGCAAGGAUUAAGAAUUUGAAUGAGAAAGCCAUAUACACACAUUUUACUCAGUUACUUCAGUCUUUUAGUAAUGAUAUUGCUGACGGUUUGAACUUGAUUGAGGCAUUAAAAAAAUUGUCGAGAACUGUAAGAAAUGAAGUCGAUGUUUAUCAUGCUAACUGGUACAGUAUUGCAUUGACGAUGGCAGAAAAGGUGGGUGUUGAAGAGAAAAAACCUAGAACUUGUGGUCGUCAGGCAAUUAGAAGUAAUGUUCCGUCUGAAUCUGUAUCUGAUUACUUUAAGAAAACAAUAACCAUUCCUUUAGCUGAUCACUUGUGUUCUGAGUUAGAAAAACGGCACGUGAUUGAAAAGAGUCAAUCACCAGUUUUUAUCUGCCAUAAUGACGUACAACCAGGAAACUUGUUGAUGAAGGCAAAGGAAGAUCUCGAUGAGGCGAAAAUUCGUGUGACUGAUUUCGAAUAUUCUUGUUAUAACUACAGAGGAUACGAUAUUGGUAAUCAUUUCAGUGAAUGGAUAUUUGAUUAUGAUCAUCCACAUUAUCCCUUUUUUACUGGAGAAGUCACAAAAUAUCCUUCUUAUGAUCAAGAGGUAUUUUUUGUCCGUGCGUAUUUACAAGCUUACAAUGAAACGACUGAUGUCACGUUAGACGAGAUUGAAAAAGUUAUCGACGAAGCUGAUAGAUUGUCUCUUCUUUCUCAUUUCUUUUGGGCGAUGUUUUCAAUUCUUCAGAGUUAUAAAUCCUCGAUCAAUUUUGGUUAUCUCGAAUACGCCCUUUUUCGAAUGGAAUGCUUAAAUCAUUUCAGGCAUUUUUCCGAGGAGAAACCUGGAGACAAGUUGCCUCAUGAUAAUGGUAAAAUCCAUUGUGAUGUUUAGGGUGAAGUUCAUUUUUUGGUGAUUAGAAAGAACAUCAUUCAGAUGUAGCAUGUAUGUAAAUUAUCUCCACCAACACAAUUGCUUGUUUGCGUCUUCAUUCAAAGUCUUCUUGAAUAACGGGGUUUCUUUUGAAUUUCUAAUUACUAACAGUAAUGGGCUU